GUGUCGGUGGAGGAGUGGUACUCGGCCUGGAAGGAGGACGAGACGGCUGGCAGGGAGUGGAGCCACAUCUUCAGGGACCUCAUGUUCCUCCUAGAGGACGCCUCAGGUGACGGCCACGUGGACAUGGAGGAAUACGUGGCGCUCUACACAGCGCUGGGGCUGGCAGCGCCUCAGUGUAGAGAAGCCUUCAGACGCGUCCAGAAGGACGACGCCGGGGAAGUCACAAAGGAGAAGUUUGACGAAUUGUGGGAGCAGUAUUUCCACUCCGAGAACCACGAGGCCCCAGGCAACUACAUCUUCGGAAAGUUUGACUUUUAGAUCCAUUGUUAGGCUGCGAGACGGAGAGAGAGAGAGAGAAAGAAUCACGGCGCCCCAAACAUCCUCAGUAUCUCCCUAACCUCUUGGGAUACCAUCCUAGCUCACUGGAGCCCUCUGUAGAGUUUGGAUCCUGCUGGUAGUGUCUCCUCAUGGCUACUUCGUGUUGCUUUACUGGGUAAUCUUAACUCUUGGGCCAAACUCUUAGAUUUGUUAUGACGCCCCUAAGAGCUGGGAAAUAUUCUAAAUUAGGCUCUGGUUUGUUUGGUGGGGGCUCUACGGGGCUUCCCAGCUGCUGAGAGAAGUUGCUGGGGCCGCUAGGAGAGUUCUCUGAAUGCUGAGUGACGCUGUGUUGUAAAAUAUAGCUAUUAGCCCACGAGUACUUUAUGCUACCUUGGCUACCAGGAUCAGUUCUAAUAUUCUCUCCUUCUUACUGCCUGUAAGAUGCCAGCCGCUGCUACUACGUCAUGAUGACUAGAAGGAAUUAGCUUUAUUUCUGACUUUUUCAACAUUGACAUAUAACAAAAAUUGUACACUAAGAACCAAAGUAGGUGUUUAUUUUAUAUAUAUUUUUUUUGCGGGAAGAAAUCGAUUAUUUUGAAUGUCUGCAGCAUUUCCCUAAUUUAUAUAAAAACGGAUUCAAACAAGUCCAACCUUGUUUAAUUCAGUUUUCAUAUACAGUAUUUGAAUGUUGAUUAUUAUCAUCCACGUGUAUGUUCAUAGUUCCCAUUUUCAGUCCCUUUUAAUCUCUCCUCAACAAUCUUAAUGUUAUCAGAAUUAUAUUCAAGUGAACACCAUCUUGGAAAGAUACUGGAGCCUAUUGACCAGAUCUGGGUCAUGAAGGGAAAUUUUAACGGAAUGUUUAUCACAAGCGAAUAUCAUCCCACUUGAUAACACAAGGAUUAUUUACCCUUUUAGUCUGGGCUAAAUGAUUACAAUAUGACAUUGUUGUCAAUGUGGGUGUGUGUGUGUGGGUGUACUGUGGGUGUGUGGGUGUGGGUGUAGGGCGUAUGUCUGAUGUUUAACAUUCCCAGGGCUUGUGCGGGGCGGGGAUAUCUUUGAUUAAUUCAU